GUGUACCGCCCGAAUAGCAAUACCAUACCGCCCAAAUAGCACUACUCUACUUAUUUGACCGGCAUGCUUAUCAUACACGUUAACUAAAAGUAAAGUGCAUAUUACAGGGGGCACAGCUUGGUAUGAGGGAUGUACAUCCGUCGCAUUUCCUGGUGGCUGAGCUUCCCCGUAUGUCUCGGCUUCCGACUGAAUCUGAGUAAUUCCUUGGCUUCGCGGUGAUCUCCAGCUUACAUUAAGAGUGCAAGAGGGGGACGAAUGUAGCUUGCUGAACGGGACUGCCGGGCGACUGACCGAGAUGGUGGCAAACCUGAAGUUGAUAAAGCGCGGAGUCGGCCUUUGGGACGCCGGCAAGAGCGAGCUGAUGCACGAUCCGAAGGCCAGACCGGAGCUGAGCGACGUCUUCGGCCUCGACUUCACCAGAUUCCCCAGGAGCGCGCGCAUUGGAAUACCUACGGUACACAUCUACGGCUCCAGGGACCCGAGGUGGCCCGCGGGCAUUCAGCUCGCGAAUUCUGUGACGACAGACUGGAGUACGACCAUGGAGGCGGCCAUGAUAUCCCACGGUCUACCGAGGUGUCGAACAAGAUUGCAGAUAUGAUCAAGCAGGUUAUGAGUUAAAUACAAAUACCCACAGAGGAAUGCAAAGAAGGAAGCAUCAAGGAUUGAAUCGAUUGCUCGGUUUGGAUUAAUAAAAGGACGUGACGAUCAAUCAAAAGGAU